AGCAAAGGAGACGACAACCGCCAGGACGAGACCACACUGUUGUCAACGCACCGGCCCUAAUCGACCACGGCUUCACCAGAUCACUUCAGAUAAAGAGACGGCAGAGGAACACAUCUGCGUGCCAAUGUUUCGUGGGCAGGAUCAUUACGUUUUGCCAACACUACGGCAAAGGCAUACGCCAACUCUUUAAUGGGACCCCGGAGGCCAUUUCUAUCCAUUCUUGUCAGAAUCAUACGAUAUACAGCCAUGCCACAAUGGUUAUAAUUCAGCUCCUGUUGUUGCUGAGUUUCUUGGACCAAAGCAAGCAGGAUUAUCUGUCUCCGAGGCUUGCUAGGACUUCAGGGGCGCCUUGUGCCAGGGGCCAGGCGUGUGACCCAAGGCAGCGGCGAGAUGCUGGGGGACGCGGUGGAGUCUACGAGCACCUCGGAGGAGCACCAAGAUGCAGAAAACUUUACUGUGCAACUAAAUAUCAUUUGCAAAUACAUCCAAGCGGGAAAAUAGACGGUUCUCUUGAGGAAAACAACCAAUUUAGCAUCAUGGAGAUCACAGCAGUGGAUGUUGGAGUGGUAGCGAUAAAGGGGAUAUUUUCCGGGAGGUAUCUGGCCAUGAAUGAUAAAGGACGUCUAUACGCCUCGGAUGUGUUCAACCAGGAGUGUGAGUUCCUGGAGCGGAUUCAUGAGCUGGGCUACAACACAUAUGCUUCUCGACACCACUCCACCCUGCAGCCUCCUGCAGUGGGUGGCAGUGGCAAACGACGAGCCAGUGCCAAGAGGCAGUGGUAUGUGUCCAUCAAUGGGAAAGGCCGGCCAAGGAGGGGCUUUAAGACACGCAGCACUGACAAAGCCUCCCUUUUCCUGCCUCGGGUGCUAGGCAAUAAGGACCAUGAGAUGGUGCGAAAGCUUCGUGACAGCCAGAGGCCUCCAGCUGGACAGCAGAGUCCCACUAUGGGCCGGGCUGAGCACCGGAGACGGAGACACCGGGGCAGAAAGGGCAGAACCAAGAGGCCUGGUGACUGACUGACACUCGCCACUGCCUGAGAGCAGUAGGCCCUAUUUCCCCGCUGAGGAGCACCAGUUCACGGCACAUGAAACUGACCAAAAACGGACUUACUGAAAUAUCUAUCUUAGAAGGAGAAAUUUUCACUUGGAUCAGUCAGUGGCAGCAAGCUAUACUUCGUUGUACAAGCUCCCGUCAUAAUCCUUGCUUGAGAUAGAUGCAACUCGAACCAUCCCCCACAACUAUUGCAAUACCAACACAAGAUUUGCCUGGGAAUUCGAGUCAGGCACAUACAUCUAAAGUUAGAUCUACCACUACACAAGUAUGAAAGGAUGAUAGGUUUUGUGUUUGUUUUGUACAUACACGUGUGAAUGUGACUAAAGUCAACACAGCUGGAUCUCUUCCUGCUGUUGUUUUUGUGUUCUUGUGGAACUUUUUAAAGAUCAUAAAUAACGUAUGUAUAUAUGUGUACAGUUAUUUUUCAUGUCCGUUUCAUUUAUCAGCAGCUUCAAGUUCGAGUAAGAACUGGACAUCCUUCAAGUGCUUACAGAUACCAAGCAGGUGGUAUGCUCCAUCAUUCAAGGGCUUACAGAUACCAAGCAGGUGGUAUGCUCCAUCAUUCAAGUGCUUACAGAUACCAAGCAGGUGGUAUGCUCCAUCAUUCAAGUGCUUACAGAUACCAAGCAGGUGGGAUGCUCCAUCAUUCAAGUGCUUACAGAUAGCAAGCAGGUGGUAUGCUCCAUCAUUCAAGUGCUUACAUAUACCAAGCAGGUGGUAUGCUCCAUCAUUCAAGUGCUUACAGAUACCAAGCAGGUGGUAUGCUCCAUCAUUCAAGUUCUUACAUAUACCAAGGUGGUGGUAUGCUCCAUCAUUCAAGUUCUUACAUAUACCAAGGUGGUGGUAUGCUCCAGAGAAAUAAAAAUACAGCAAAGCACUUUUUCAAACUAACAUAAAAAGAAAACAAAUAAAAACAUGGGAACACAUUUAUUUUGAAAUGUACUUAUGAUGUGAUAGUGCACUGUCUGUAAACUGCGAGAAGUACUUUGUAUAUUGCUAAUGAUAUGAAUAUUUAUUUGGUACCUGUGUUUUUUAAAUUAUUGAUGAGAUUGUUUCUACAUUUACCAAUGUUAUUAUUUUUUACUUUGUUGUAACCAAACAGGCGUACCCCUCACUCAAAUGUAUGGUAACAAGAGAUAUUGUCAAAACAAAUGGUCAAUCUGGCUUGUCAAACAUUACUUUGUUUUGUUAAUUGGUGUAACUAGUUAGUGCAACUGAACAGACAAAAUACAUCAAAUUUUCUUAUCAAAUCCUCUUUGUCCAUUUUUGGGCAUGAGAUCACACUCAACUGACUCCAUUUUGUCCUGCCCAUGACCAUGUUUUGUACUUCAACCCAGGUGGGGAUAAUCUCUGUCAGUUCUGACACCACUGUUCCUACACCAAUUAGGCCUAGCUUUGGCCUUCCAUGUUGCUCAUAGAUUGCCGUUCUGUUCAGAGCAUGGGGGAUACAGCUUUCUUCCACUCUAUGUUAACACAAAUAUGUAAUUGUCAUGAUUUUUUUCACCACCAAUCAAUUAUUUUAUGGUGAAUGUUGAGUCACGAGGCUAUAGUGAACACUGUAACAUGUAAACAAUAAACUAUCGAGUAUUUGUUUUAAUGUCAUACGGACAUUUUUUACCUGUGGACGUUGUGUUUAAAAAGG